UCGGAUGCGCUCGCUGUUUGUCUUUCUACCGCACAUUCCGCUAGUGGGGCGCAUUUGCCGGUACAUUCUCUUUGGCUCACCGCGAGUUGUUUUAUUUUCGUUAUCUCGAAGUGGAAGUCUUGUUAUUGUUUAGGUUCAGUCCGCGCUGCAUCUGUGCCAUAUCCAUCAUCGGCGGCAGUCCUGGCAGACAGACAGCAACAGCCGACGACUGGAAUGGGUGACAUCGCCGCGGCCUAACCAUGCAUCCUAGCCCUGGAAGCAGUGUUAAUAGUAAAUUUACCGCUGCAGACGCUCUGUCACUCGCUAGUCGUUUAGUAGACUUCGAACCGUACAUUAGACGUUCAGCAGUUGCAAGUCGGUUAUGGAAGAAAGAGUUUGAAGUGAGUUUUAAUUCGAGUGCGAAACCAGCGUUACUCCACAAACAAUUUGUUAAGUAGGCAGUAAAGUGAAGUGUGAGAAGUGGUCCGCCGCCGACGUAAAAAAAAUACACUUUGUCUUGUUUGGCUGGCUUGAUGGUUGGUCUGGGUGCAGUUUUUGGCUGUUUUCCGGGCGUGCGCCAAACAGAAAGCUGCCAGCAGUGUGAGGAACACAAGAGCCAAGCGAAUACAUUUCGUAAGCGCAAAAUUUGAAUUUUUGGCAAAACAUUCUUCGCUCUUCACGUGGGAGCAAAUAGCUAACAGCACAUAGAAGCAAGGUAUGCUGAAGAUGGCGAUGACAAAAGUAUCACUUCAUUCAGCUUUGGCUGGAGAGGAUUAUAGCAUCGCGACGACCAGCGUCGUCGCCGUGGACGAACGCCAUUCCGUUGCUAUUGAAAACGAUCCUGCUAAAGGCGAACUGUUCGACAUGUACGAGCUGCUCAGCAAUGCGGUGGAUCGCGUGGGCGAAGAAUUUCGUCGGAACGAUCAGCCGGAGGGCUUGGCACUGUACGUUUACAUCGGAUUUGUCGUUGGCGGAGGAAUCUUGCUGAACCUGAUUCUGAUUAAAGGAAUUCUGCAAGCAAAAUAUAGCGGUGCCUUAUAUUUUGUUCUCCAAAUUGCCAUCCUGGACAUCUGCAGCCUUCUGAUCAGCAUCUGGGAGCUGUUCUACAUUGUACAUCAGCGGUGGAUCUUCGAAUCGGAGCACUGCACUUUCUACAUCGGAUUUGAAUCGUUUACCAACAUUGCUAUCGUGUACUUCAUUAUUGGCCUUAAUUUCCACUCGAUCUCAACAUACAACCUAGCCCAGCAAAUGUCGACGGCAUGCGAUGAUCUGACCAGCUCGUAUCAUGACAAUAGCGAAAGCAAUUCCGACUAUAUGAUAGCCGAAGAAAAUAAUUAUGAAGUGGCAACGGAGAACAUCAUCCAGAAACGUUCACUAACUAUCGAUUACCGCCAUCGUAAAACCAACAUAUCUGUUCUCUGGCCUGUCAUGCUGAUAUGGUUCAUCGCUAUGUCCGAAUCUUUGCCGUUGUUUCUAUUCUCGGACGUCACUUCUGCCAGUGCGAAUGAAGGUGUUCGCUUUUGUACGAUCCUUAUCAACGAUCGCACCAACCAUUACAUCAUCCAGUGGCUAAUCAUCGUGAUUCGAAUUGCCAUCCCAACUGUGACGUUGCUAGUUACAACGGUUAUAAUUAUUUUCAAGUUCUACCAGGGUCGCAGUUUUACGCAGCCAACCGAAAUCGACGAAAAUGUGGCCUUCAUUUUGAAGGUUGCUAUUUUUCUGUCACUAACCUAUGCGAUAUUUUCAAUCCAAAAACUGUACGGAUCACUACUGUUUGAGGUCCUGUCGAAACCGAUUCUCCGAUACAAAUAUCCGACGCUCGACCGGCAGACGGGACUGAUAUUCACCUUUCUGCACUAUUGUCUCUCUUUCGUCAGACCUUUGGUGGUCAUUAUACUGUGCAAAUUAAAGCAUAACCAUGUCGAUAUUACAUUUAUAUACAGAAGUAAGAAGAAAAUAACUGACUUAUCAUAA